UGUUUUGGUUCUGAGGGGAGUUGCGAGAAGAAAGAAAGGAGGAGACGUGACGGGAUUGUUGAAACUGUUUUCUUGGUUCACAGUGUCCCGGGUUCCGUGUGUAAAUACUGCAUCAGUGGUAUUUAAAUUUAAAAACAUCGUCUGGCUCUCAGAAGUCCUCCUUGUGAGGUUUGGCACACAGGACAGCGGGGGAUCUGACUUGGUCAUGGCCAAUCGGGGAGGAGCUACGAGACCCAACGGACCCAAUGCAGGGAACAAGAUCUGUCAGUUUAAGCUGGUGCUGUUGGGGGAGUCAGCCGUGGGGAAGUCCAGCUUAGUGCUCCGAUUCGUUAAAGGGCAAUUCCAUGAAUUCCAGGAGAGCACGAUAGGAGCUGCCUUUCUCACCCAGACAGUGUGUCUAGAUGACACAACGGUGAAGUUUGAAAUCUGGGACACUGCCGGUCAGGAGCGUUACCACAGUUUGGCCCCCAUGUAUUACAGAGGAGCACAAGCCGCCAUCGUGGUCUACGACAUCACGAACGAGGAGUCCUUUGCCCGGGCUAAGAACUGGGUGAAGGAGCUGCAAAGACAAGCCAGCCCUAACAUAGUCAUCGCUCUGUCAGGCAACAAGGCCGACCUGGCAACCAAGAGAGCUGUCGACUUCCAGGAUGCCCAAUCCUACGCAGAUGACAACAGCUUACUUUUCAUGGAGACGUCGGCCAAGACAUCUAUGAAUGUGAACGAGAUAUUUAUGGCUAUUGCCAAGAGAUUGCCGAAGAGUGAGCCCCAGGCUGCGGGGGCUAACAGUGGGCGGAGCCGGGUGGUGGACCUGACACCUGCGCCGCCGGCCAAGGCUCCGUGCUGCAGUACCUAACGUGAAGGCCCCCGCCCUCCAACCACCUGUAGAGCAGUAACUAAUGCGGCCGAUGUCCUGAAUGCCACCGCAGUUACUAAUGCAAUGUGGUGUACUCUUAUCCCUCUUCCUGCAAAACAAGAAAAUAUACCCUGUGCCCCCCCUUUCUUUUUGCAGUAACGAACUCAAUGCCAUUACACUGAUCUCUUCACACGGCCACGCCUCUUUUCCUCCAUCACGGUUCCGCUGCUACCCGAUUAUGCCUCAUAACCAAUCUUUUUCUUCUUUUCCGCCAUCCAGCUUGUUACAUCUAUCAAUUAUUAUUGAUAGAUUAACGAUAGCAGAUAUUAGAGAUGUUAGUGCACCCUGCCUUCCAUAUCCUUUCUUCUCAUUAAGAGGAAGUGGUUACUUCCCUAUUAUGGGAUAGCUUAAGACUUUACUACUGCAUUUCUUAUUCUGGUCUUCUGUUUUUGUUCUUUUUGAUAAUCUUGUUACUUAUUAUUGUCAAAAGGAUGGAUGCACAAAACUACCUAUAUGGCCUAAAAUAGAAAAAUUAAAAUAGAAAAAUUAAAACAAUUAGUCUGCAGCAGCACAGAAACAAAGGUCUAUCAUAGAAGAGGAGGGUACUAUUGUGAUCUGAGAAAGAGGAAAGGCCUGUGUUUUCCAGGCCCUUUCCCCUACUUAACCUAAAGUAGCACUAGUGUAUAUUUCUCUAAAGCUCCAUUCUGGGGCCAUGCCUGCUUCUAGCUGUCCAUAGUGGCAUUGUGCAAUGUUUCACAGUAUUUACUCUGUGACUUGAGUGUCUGCAAGGACCAAUGCAGCACAAUAAAAAAAGAAAACCCUGCUCCACACAGCUUUCUCCACAACAAGGCGCCGGGGCCUCUGAGGUCACAAUCUCCUGAUGCAGUGUCCGUUGAUACAUCUUGUGCAGACCAUCUCUUUGUGGUUAUCCUCGGGUCUCUUGGUUUCUGCUUUGGAUGGUUUUGUUUAUGCAGAUUACCUAUUCUACUGUGUUAAUGUUGUCGGACCCCUGCUAGGUUUGCACCUGUUAAAAGCAAAAGGUGAUGGUAGAGGGUUGGGAGUUGCAAUAUGUAAGGCUGCUUCAUAAUCACCAUUUUGAAUCAUAAAUAUUAGUCAUCUUCUCCUGUUUAGGAAAUUCUUUAGAAACAUUUGUGCGUCACAGUGUGUACAAACUAGGCCUGGGCUGGCUGGCAGAUGACAGAUUUCAUCCAUUGACUCACUCACACGUGCCCGUUUGUGUGUGUUUGUGUGAGGUUUGAACACAUUUGCACAUGAACACACACAUUACGUUGACUUCCUCCCUCUGAACUGUGUCAGACAUAAACAUAACUGUACAUAAACACACACAGUCUGUUACACCUGUCCGUCACCUGUGUUGAGCACACUUUUUCCCCCCUGUCCCACCCCCACACUUGACAUUGUUACAUACAGCGACACAUGCACACACGCACAUAUACAUACAUGUGGUCAAUAACUCUUUUUCCAGGUCUUACUCAUGCCUUGCACUAAUGAUGCUCAUUACUAUAUCUUGUCAUAAUUACAGCCAGUGUGAUAUAAAUAUAUAUAUAAAAAUAUAAAUAUAUAAAUAAUAUACUGUAAAUAGGGUGUUGCAGUGUAGUCUACUUUUUUUCGAUUUACCAGUGACAGGACUAAUGCUUGCUAGGGAGAAAAUCUAUCUAAAAAACUGUACAGUUAGCAGAAAAUAACAGCUACAAUCUGGGUUUGGAGUUUGGUUGCUGUAACUUUUUUCACACAAAUGGUUAAAUUAUAAUCAGUGGUGGUCUUUAUAAAUGUAUGUAGUGUUAUUAACAAAAAAGGAAAUUGCAUUUAUUUAGAUGUCUGUCUUGUACCCUUUUUCUCAAAAGAAAAAAAAUAAUAUCCAAAUAUUUUGGUUUAUAUUUUUAACAUUAUCUCUCACAAAUUCACUAAUCUCGUUUUUAGUGGUAUCAGGCUACUUGUCCACAUUUCUCCCUGUAAGUAGAUCUGAACUUCCAGAAACGCUGAUUGUAAAAGCUCCAGAGAAGGCAGAACUAAUACAAAACAGUUUGAUUAACCAACUGUCUGCCUUUUUAACAUCUCAGUAGUCUUGUGAAGAUAUUGUAGGAAACGUGUAACAACUAUCAGCUGGCACGAUGGUCAUUCAUAAAUAAAUGAAUUAAAACAUAAUAAGGAUGUAAAUUGUAUGUUUUUUUUUCAUUAACACUUAAUUGCACCUGAGAACCUUUAAAUGCAAGCAUUUUACAGUACUGUUAUGUAAUGACCAAAUAAAUACUGAAAUCAA